CUGCUCUUCUUCUCCCCUGCAGCUCCCGAAAGCCCCCAAGCUGCCGACUUCCAUACUUGAAAGAAAAACCCGGUAGAAAGCUUGAAAUUUCUCCUUCUUUCUUGCUCAAUAACAAGUUUUAGGACUUAGAACUCUCUCUCUCAACCCAGAAAUUUCAGAUCUACUCGGUGUCUCUUCCUCUCUUGUCCGUCGGUUUCUGCUGGGUGUGAAUCCUUCGGCUUUUUCUGUUCCCGUGAGUUUCCCUCCAGGAUCCCGUCGGCUUCCUCACCAGCCAAGCUCGGUUUCUGCUGGGAAAAUUCUGGAAGCGAAACUGAGGAUGGGGAAACCACGAGAAGUGACGAGUUAGGAGGUUAGCCAUUUCGAGAUUGAUAUAGAUUUUAAAAAUAUAUCAUACUUUUGUAAGAUAGAUUUUAUCUUGAAUUUAUGAGAUCAAAACAGAUUUCGAUCAUUAGAUCAAUUACCUGGAUACCCCACAUCACAUGAGACGAAUCUUGUGCUUGUGGCUCGGUGGGCUUAGUUUUAAAAUGCUUGGGCAUGAUGAAGACAUCAAGCAUUUAAAUGUAGAGAAUUCGGGGAAGGGUAAGUGGUUAACGAAGAAGGUGACAACGCUACAUUUAUAAUGACUUUAAGUACAAGUGAAUCAACUGCAUUUUUAGCUAUUAUUGAUUCUUUUUGUUUACCUAGUAUUAAGGUAUUAAUCUUGUGAGACUUCAUCUUGUGUUAUGAUAAAGUGUAAAAUUAAUAAAUGGUUGUAUGAAAUAUUAAACUAAAUUUAUGGAAGCUUAUUGAACUUAGCCUUUUGUUGUUGAAGUUCAGCUUGUAUCAAUAACAUUGUAAUCUUUGUAAAAUGUGGCUUUGAAAGACACCAAAAACAAAUAAAUGUGGCUUUGGAAG